AUGAGCGCGAAUUCCGCGGUUCCCUGGGGUGAUCCCAAGCGCUUAUUAAAACGAACUGGCGGCGCUUUUGCCUUGGCGAACACUCGACACUAUGACAGCCAUCCAACGGACCCCGAAAACGACACCGACAUCGACCAAUGUGUUCAACGCCUUCUCGACAAUGAUCCAUCGCUCAAAGAGAUCAACAUGAACAAUAUGAAACGAACUCCAAUUCCCCAAAUUCGACGGUUGCUGGAGGCAUUGGCUUAUAACGAACAUUGCGAGCGGUUGUCUCUGGCUAAUAUGGGUCUCUCUGACAAUGAUCUCGCAGUUUUGAUGCCAGUGCUCGAGAUUAAUACUGGCUUGAAAAAGCUCAACCUCGAGACUAAUUAUUUGAGCGGCGACUUCUUCAUUAAGUUCUUCCAAGCGGCUCUAACCAAUCAAACAUUGGAGGAACUAAGAGCAGUUAAUCAGGGAACUUCGUUCACGAAUCUUGAAGAAAAAGAG